CUAUUGGAAAUUAUUCGUUCUACAUGGUAUGAGAGCCCUAAUUCUAGGCUUCCGUUUCCUCCCUCUCUCUCUCUCGAUCGGAAAUCCCCCCCCCCCACCCUUCUACCGAUUUUCUACUUCGCCUCUCUCGGCAGCCAUGGCCGACGAAAAUUCUUCCUCCGGCAAGGUGACUUCAACCUCCGAUAACUCUUCCUCCAACAACUCCCCCCAUCUCGCCUUCACAACUAUAUCCAACAUCAAACUUCAUAUCCCCGUGCAACUCAGUCUGUCAGAGCCGAAUUACAAAAAGUGGAGUCGUUUGUUCUGCCUCUUGAUUCUCUGCUUCAAUCUCAAAGGCUUCAUCGACGGCACCACCAUCGCCUCUUCUGCAAAUGACGCCGAAUGGUACCAAUUUGAUGCACUAAUUCAAGGGUGGAUCUUGUCCACCAUUACGGAUGAGGUUUUCGAUCUCGUUCUUGCCAACAAUCUCUCCGCUCAUGCACUAUGGAAGGUUAUCUACAAUCUCUUCCACGACAACAAGCAUGCCCGGGCGAUGCAAUUGGAACAUCGCUUCCGCACCACCGUGAAAGGCAACCGAUCUAUCAACGAAUAUUAUCGUCUUCUCAAGAACCUCUCCGAAUUCCUUGAUGAUGUUGAUGCUCCGGUGACCGAGCAUGCCCUCGUUCUACAGCAGCAAUCAGACUCCAUCCACGGCGCCGGCGCAUCGCCCACUGCCUUCCUUAGCACCGGAAGUGGCGGCGGCUUUAGGGGCGGUGCACAACGGCAAGACAAGGCGAACGGACAUGGUUGCUAUGGCGGAUAUGACAGAGCUCUUGGCGGCGGCAAGGGCCGCGGUCGAGGGCGUGGCGGCGGCGGAUCUCAGUGGCAUCCAUCGGGCCAACACUACGCCAAAAACAGUGUCAGACAACUGUUGAUUAACUACUGCUUGUGAAAAAACAGUAGUUAAAAAAAAUCAGACUACUGUUUGUUGUUGUUGGCUAAAAAAGUAGUAGUCUAGCUAUUAUGCUUAAAACUACUUUUAAAGUUUCGAGAAAUGGUAUUCUAUUAUUAGUUGUCUGUGCCAUACCAAAACACAGUUUUUGUUAUCACAGUUGUCAAUAAUAAGUUAAGAACACU